UCAGCGCGCUGAAUUCAACAGACUGUCGGCUCCGUCGGCUCUCUGACAGCACGGAGGGACCACCGGUUGUUUUAAUGAGUACCACAACUUUGGUUGAUGCAACUAAUCAGCUUGACAACGUGAAAGUUGUAAGUUUUACAGGAAUGGAGGUGGGAAACCAGAAACAAAACAUCGACGUGGAGGUCCAUGUUAAAUCUCACAGCACAGCUAAACUGUCUGAUGUGAGGAUGCAUGUUCUGGCUCUACUGAAACGCCACAGCAUGGUUUUUGGAAACUACAGAUGGACAGAGUUUGAUGAAGAUUUUCUCAGGAAACACGUGGAGUCUGUGGCUAUAGCUGAUAUAGAGGAAAUGGUAACACAGCCCCUUGAUUUGAAAAGCUGCUCUCUCUCUGUUCACAUCUUCACUCUGAAUGAGGAUGGACCCAGCACGCUCAGUUUAGAAGAUGAUGAGGAGCUUUCAGCAGCAAAUCACUGGUUGUUGCCAGCAGCUGAAUUCCAUGGGCUUUGGGAGAGCCUGGUAUAUGAGAGUGGAGUCAAAACCCAGCUCCUGGAUUAUGUCACAACAACAAUUUACUUCUCAGACAAAAACGUCGACAGCAACCUGGUAUCGUGGAACCGUGUUGUGCUGCUUCACGGACCCCCGGGCACAGGAAAAACCUCACUGUGCAAAGCUCUUGCCCAGAAGCUGUCAGUCAGACUGUCAAGUCGGUAUUCUUAUGGCCAAUUUGUCGAGAUAAACAGCCACAGCUUGUUCUCAAAGUGGUUCUCCGAGAGCGGCAAGCUGGUCACAAAGAUGUUUCAAAAGAUCCAACAACUGAUUGAUGACAAAGAUGCUCUUGUAUUCGUUCUGAUUGAUGAGGUGGAGAGUCUGACAGCAGCUAGGAAGGCAUGCCAGGCGGGAACAGAGCCGUCCGACGCCAUUCGAGUGGUCAACUCUGUUCUCACUCAGCUGGAUCAGAUCAAACGACAUUCAAAUGUUGUGAUCCUGACGACCUCCAAUGUGACAGAAAAGAUUGACUUGGCGUUUGUGGACAGAGCUGACAUCAAGCAGUACAUCGGACUCCCGUCUGAGAAAGGCAUCUACAACAUCUACCUCUCCUGCCUCGAGGAGCUGAUGAAGUGCCAGAUCAUCUACCCCAGGCAGCAGCUGUUUACCAUGUUUGAGCUCGAGACGAUGGGGUUUGCGAAAAGUGAGGUGUCUGAACACAGUCUGAACCUGAGGAACAUUGCUCUAAAAAGCAAAGGUUUGAGUGGAAGAGCACUCAGGAAGUUACCAUUUCUAGCCCAUGCACUCUUUGUAAAGUCUCCCACAGUGACUCUUGAGAGGUUUCUGGAGGCUAUGGACCGAGCGGUGGAUAAACAGAAGGAGGAAAAAGCUAACCUGGUCAACGGUGUCUGAACUUAUUACAGUGCCCAAAGGCUGACACGUGAUUGUUCGUGGGCUCUCAGUCCCAUACCCUGUUUUUUUUUUUUUUUUUUUGUAGUUUGGAAAACUACAACCCUUUCAUCUUUUUAUAAAGCUUAAUCAGUUCAUCUGGCCGUACUACAUUAAAUAUAUUGGCAAGUAACAUUGUUUUAACAAAUGCUUUCUAUAACAUUACAUCUUUAUUCAGGUAAUUUUGUUGGUGCUACUACCUUCAGUAAAGGCAGUCUGGUUUCAUACGGAGUACCCGAAGCUUGAAUUUUCUACGUGCUGUUCAGUGUUUACUCUUUUCUCCUUUUCAAAGUGUUUGAUGUUUUUUAUGUAAUGUGCAGCUUUAACCUUAACAGUGCUGGCUGGUUUGUUUGUUUGUUUUUUGGUUCCCAUGUUAAAAGGAUAGUCUGUAUAUUUAUUGGCAUUAACACAGAUAUUGGCUCAGUUUGUGGAUAGUUUAGUUGGUGAUAUCCCACUGAAGGGACAGCUUGUCAGAGAGAAAUCAACAGCACUUCCAAAAUGGGUCUGAGGCCUCUGUGGACAGUGGAAAAUACAGAAAAUAUAAUGCGAUUUGUUGUUGACGGUUAACAUUAAGUGCUAUAUUGUGGAUUUAUUUGUAUUUUUUUGUUAACUUGCCCCAUUUAGCUCUUCUUUUUUCUUUCUGCUGCUUUCUGCUGGCUCUACGGGCAUCUAUAGUCUGAGCUAAUGUCCAUGCAGGACACCAUCUUAUGUCAAAAAAAUGCAAACUGUCCCUUUAACAUGUAUAUUGUUUUUGUACACCGGGAUUGUGUUCAUGUGUUUUAAAAAGGGCCAUCUCUCUUAGUUCAAAGAAAAUGUUAAUUGUUCGUUGUCAGUUCUAUAUUUAUGCUAAUAACAAAUCCUCUUUAAACUCCAGAUUCAUGUGCUCAUUACGACUUUAUUUUGUAUAUUGUAUUGUAAUAAACAAUAUUGUUUAUA